UGCUUGCCGGCUCUCACGUGGAUCUGUUUUUGUUAUUGAAAUACAACUCAUCUCUUACAUACUUCUUAUGUAUUUCAACUUCCAUAAGGCAAAAUGAGUGGAAGAUUUGCUAACAAGAGGAAGUUUGGGAAAUUCGACAACCGGAAUUCAGGUCCUUCAAAUAAAAGGCCCAGGGAUUCCGGAAAUAAUGCCCCAAAGUUGAGGGAAAUUGAUGUCGGUGUGACCGAGUUCGUCAGUGAUUAUCCUGGUUUCAGUGGAAUCAUAAAGCAAAGGUUUUCCGACUUCCUCGUAAAUGAGAUCAACUUGGAAAAUGAAGAAAUCCACUUGACAGAUAAAGAUCCAGUUGUUUUGGAUGAACCACCAGAUGAUCUGGAGUUUGCUUCCUUGGAUGAUUUCACAGACGCAAUUUCAAAGGAUGAUUGGGAAGCCUUGAAAAAUUUAGCUGAUACAAAGUCAGGUUCUGUUGAAAUUGAUGUAUCUAACAAAAGCAAGGACGAAAGGCGUCAGAUUCAUGAAUCUAUCAAGAAAAUUUACAAAUCGGAGCUGACAGCAAACACCAAGGACGUGGAUGGUAGAAAACUUAUUACAGUCUCCUUUAAGACUGAUACGAGGCGCUCAUAUUACAAGUCCAAAGACCGAUACAUCCACUUCACUCUCUACAAGGAAAAUAUUGACACAAUGGAGGCAGUGAACCAAAUGUCUCGGAAACUAGGAUUGCGUCCAGGUAUGAUUAUGUAUGCCGGGACUAAAGACAAAAGGGCAAAAACAUGUCAGAAGAUGUCACUCAUGAAUGUCAAGCCAAGCAAAAUUUUGAAUGCCAUCAAGUAUUUGCGUGGCAUGCAUGCGGACGGAUUCAAGUUCUGCGGGAUUCCCCUGCAGCUGGGGAUGCUCAACGGGAACAGAUUUCAGAUUGUCCUAAGAAAUGUUACCGGCUCUGACGAGCAGAUUGAGCUUUCCAUGAAGUCUCUGCAGGAAAAGGGAUUUUUAAACUACUUUGGCCUGCAGCGUUUUGGUACCCAGUCUAUUCCAACUUUUUACAUUGGAAGGGCCCUCGUCUCUGGAAAUUGGCAAGAGGCUGUGGAUCUGAUUCUAAAACCAAGGGAUGAUUGCGAAUACCCAGACAUGACCAAAGCCAGGCAGAUUUGGUGGGAAAAGAAAGACGCUUCUGAAGCUCUGAAACAACUUCGUUUUAAGACUUCGGUGGAAGCUCAGCUUUGGAAAGGGCUGCAGGACAAUCACAAGAACGAUUUGGUCAAUGCUAUGGAAUCUAUUCCUAGAAACACAAGGCUUCUGUACUUACACUCGUACCAGAGCUACAUUUGGAACAAGGUCUUGUCAAAGCGAAUCCAGGAGUUUGGAUUCAAACCUGUGGUUGGUGAUUUGGUGUUGGCAGACGACUCAAAAUUGGUUGACACGGAGGUUCUGGAAGGACCUGUCUCUGAUCCUAGUGAUGGCAGUGAAGCCGUCUCCAGCACAAAUGAGUCGAAACUGCCAAAUGUAAUUGCAAUCACUGAGGAAAAUCUUGAAAAAUACACCAUCCACGAUAUUGUGCUUCCUCUGCCUGGUUUUAAUGUCACAUACCCUGAGAAUAAAACUGCUGAGUGGUUCAAUGAGUUCUUCCAAGAGGACGGGUUGACUUUGGACUCGUUGAAGCAAAACGUCAGGAAGUACAGCUUAGGAGGAGCCUAUAGGAAAAUGUCAAUUUUGCCUACAAAUGUUAGCUGGAAAAUUCAACAUUAUGAUGACGUAACAGAGCCGUUAGUUCUUUCAGACCUUGAUUUGAUUGAAAAGAAGGAAGUCAAAAAGUUUCCAGAUGGAAAAUACAAGGCACUUGUUGUGGAUUUCUGCUUGCCUUCCUCUGUUUACGCGACGAUGGCUCUCAGGGAGGUUUUGAAGGUGGACACUAGCUCUGAUCAUCAGAAGUCUCUAAAUCCAACUGAAGAGAAGCCAAAAGCGGAAGAUGAGAAGACAGCUGCAGAAUCUACAGAAGCCACUUCUCCACCGUAAGCUUUCGUGAUGAUCAUCUCGGUACCCAGUGAGUGGAACUUCCUCCAUAGGUCUUUGGAGCACAAAUCAGCCUUUAUCUCCAGCGCAGGUUUGUGCCUAAAAAUGUCCAUCUGUGAAGGGGCCUCAUCAGCAUCAUUCAUUUCUUCUAAAGCGCUUGAUUCUGCAAAAUAUUUGUAUUAAUAACCUCAUUUUUUUCUGGGGAAAAUCAAUUAGGUCGACAUUAGUAUUCAGUGAUAAUUUCUUGCAAUUAGUCAUUAUCCAAAAUCAGCACUCGAGCGUAUUUUCAAUUAAGAUAAAAUGCGCGCGGCGAAAUAAAAAGAGAAGCAGCUCUUGACGAUUGUCGCAUUUUGCGGGGAUAAUUGAGUUUUAAUUUCAAGUAGUUUGUCGUCCUUAUCGCCACUGUAGUGCAUUAACUUCAACAAGCUCGCGCGAAAAUAAUAUUAUUCCAUAUAAACAACUAGCCGAGAGCAAUUUAACAACUGAUACACGUCUAUCGAUAAGGGCCAAUUAAACUGUCAAUUUUGAUUUAAUAAAACGCAGAUAUUAUAGAAAAUUAAAACCAAUAUUCAUUGAAAGGCUAAUUUUCCCCCAAAAGAAAGCAGAUUAUAAAAACUCAUAAAUGAGUCAAUAUUAAAGAAAAAAAUAUCAAGCGCCGCGCCUUGAAUGAAUUUCACACCAGUUUGAUGGGAAGAGGAGGCGAUCGGGAUAGAGUCCAAACGCGGAAUGUUUGCGUUUGUCUGUUUGCUUGGUGUGAUUGAGAGGGUAAGUGUACUAAAAUCAUCACUUCGGGUGAUCAAAGAGUGAUUCCGCCAUUGAUAUCUCCGCGACUAGCGCUUUCAAGCACUCGAACGUGCAGCGCUGGGGCUGAUAAGCGCGCGGCUCUCUUUUCGUCAGUCUAGGUGCGACUCACUCACACCUUUCACACAAAGGACGCAGCUUCAUGUGCGGCCGUGGCUCAGAUUGGAGGAGCCUUUCUUUUUGCUUUUAGCGCUGCGUACACACUUAAAAUUCAUAAUCACUGCUUAAUGAGCUGCUGAUCGAUAUCUCUCAAGUGGCCGCACAAGUGAUAACAUUUUCAUUAAAAUUCAAUUAAAAGCGCCGCCGUCGAUUUUUGCAUACAUACACAGGGCUAUUUUUGCAGCUGUUUCUAUGUAAUUUCCCAAAGAUUGUGGAUUUUUAGAAAAUCAAAUGUUCCGGAAUUGGUUGAUGUGCGGAUAGAAUAAUUUAGUGUCAUAUUUAGUUGAAAUUCAAGCUGCACGCGUGCAAAAUUGGCGAUUCAUAGAUAAUGAUGUUUCGUCUAUUCGCUUAAUCUAUGCCCAAUACUUAAUUCUCCUUUGAUUUUAGCGAAAACACAAAUGCAGAUAAAAGGUGCCACUUUUUAUACACGAUUUUGAACGAGGAGAUGAAAAUUAUCGAGGUCUAAUAGUUUUCUAAUGAUUGCUUUGUGUGGAGAAAGAUAAAAAUAUCAAUUAAUUAUUUUUGUUUCAUAGAAUAGUUUGGAUUUUUGUAUACUAAAUUAUAAAAUUAAAUAAAG